AUGCAAAGCUCCCUACAGCCCCUGUGCCUGUCGCUGGAGACGCUCCGUCGGGUUAAGGACCGCAUGUUGGAGGCCAUGGAGCGAGGCCUGAGCCACCGGACGCACACCCAAGCCACAGUGCGCAUGCUGCCCACCUUCAUCCGCGCCACCCCGGACGGCACCGAGAGAGGCGAAUUCCUGGUGCUGGAGCUAGGAGACACCGAUUUGCGGGUGCUGCUGAUGGAGCUGUCGGGGGACACGUGCCAGAAGGUGACGGUGAAGGACCGGCACUUUCCUCUGUCAGACGCAAUCGUGCAGGGCCCUGGCGAGAAGCUCUUUGCCUUCAUGGCGACAUGCCUGUGUGAGUUCCUGGACGGGCUCCGCACGCGCCAGACGGACUUCGAGCUGGGCUUCUCCUUCCCCUUCAGCUGCAGGCAGACACGGCUGGACCAGGGCUACCUGAUCUCCUGGACAAAAGGCUUCAAAUGCCCCGGCGUGGAGGGGAGAGACGUGGUGGAGUUACUGCAAAGUGCCAUCAACAAGCAAGCUCGCUACCAUAUCAAGGUCAUCGCUGUGGUGAACGACACCACGGGCACCAUGAUGAGCUGCGAUGCCAGUGCAGGGCCGUGCGAGGUCGGCCUGGUUGUCGACGCUGGCACCAACAGCUGCUUCAUGGCGGAGGCGCGGCACGUGGAGGUGGUGGAGGAGAGCGACGGCCGGAUGGGCGUGGUCACCGAAUGGGGCUCCUUUGGGGACAACGGCGCCUUGAACGACGUACUGAGCCCCUAUGACCACCAGGUGGACCAGGGCUCCCUGAACCCAGGGAAGCAGAGGUUCGAGAAGAUGAUCGGUGGCUUGUACUUGGGCGAAAUCGUCCGGCACAUUCUGGUCGAGCUCUUCAGCGGUCACACGACUCCUGCCCUCCUGACCAAGGGGUUGGUCCAGACCCAGGACAUCCUGGAGAUCACAGACGAGCAGGUGGGACUGGCCACGGCGCAGCGUGUCCUGCGGGCGCUGGGGCUGGAGGCGAGCGACCAGGACUGCUUCAGUAUGCAGCAGGUGUGCAGCGCCGUCUGCCUUCGCGCCGCCGGCCUGUGCGCCGCCGGCCUGGCCGCCAUCCUCAGCCACAUGUGCAGGAACCGGGAGCUGCCGUGCCUGAAGACCAGCGUGGCCGUGGACGGAGCCGUGUUCCGGGCCCGUGGCAAGUUCAGCGAGACGCUGCAGCAGCUGGUGAAGCCGCUGGCUCCCGAGUGCGAGGUCACCUUGGUGCAGUCGGACGAUGGCAGCGGCAAGGGGAUUGCCAUGGUGGCUGCAGUGGCAUCUAGGCUGGCAGCCCAGCGCCUCCAGGUGAACCAAACCCUGGCACUGCUGCAGCUCUCGCCCGAUGCCCUGGGCAAGGUGCAGGCCUUGCUGAGACGGGAGAUGGAGCUGGGGCUGAAGAAGGAGACACACGCUAUGUCCUCCGUCCGCAUGCUGCCCACCUACAUCUGUGCCACGCCCGACGGCUCGGAGAGAGGCGACUUCUUGGCGCUGGACCUGGGAGGGACCAACUUCCGGGUGCUGCUGGUGAAGGUGCACAGCCGGGAGCAGGGCGGCGUGCAGAUCCUCAGCGAGGUGUACUCCAUCCCGCCGAACGUGGCCCAGGGCCCCGGCACCCAGCUCUUUGACCACAUUGUUGAGUGCAUCGUGGACUUCCAGACCAAGCAGGGCAUGAUGGGCCACACGCUGCCGCUCGGCUUCACCUUCUCCUUCCCCUGCCAGCAGACCAGCCUGGACCAG